AUGCGUUGGUAUAUCAUAACAUUGAUACACCUCAGAUUGGUAUGCUCACAACUGAAUACCGAUGAUAGUAACGAAUUUUGGCUGGAAGCCCGUUUAGUUGAAAUUAAUUGGAAAUUGAACUGUUUGACAACAGGUGGAUGUGCCGAACCAAGAUUUCGUCUGAUCAAAACCAAUAUGGUUACAAAUGAAAAAAUUUCAAUUAGUUGGAGUAUUACCGAUAAAUUAGUUGAGAAGGAUUCUCGACCAUUUAUUAGCCACUGGAAAGGUGGCGACCCAGAAAAGGUGCUAUUAGACUGUGAAGUUGCUGGCAUUGAUCCGUUGUACAGCUUUCCGCGAACCUGCGAUGCUUCGUCCAGUGUUCGAAUCUAUGAUACUUCUCCGCCGUCAUCCUAUCCGCAAAAUAAAAUGGGUUCUGAGAAGCACUCAUUUGAGACCGAAAAUUUGAACAGUGGUAAGGCGUUUGUAAAGUUGAAAGGUAAAUGCUUCAACAGUACAGUUGAGGUACAGAAGCAUAUGGAACGUUGUCCGUGGUGUCCCGACUUCAACAAUGCAGCCUUAAUUGAGCAUGUUGUAAGCUAUUUUUACAUUUGUAUUGUUCCUCUUUUCUCUACACUUAGAUUUAAGAUAGAAGAAAGAACUGUUCUUUUUUUCUUCGGAUGA